AUGGCUGCUUUAAAAGUAUUAUUAUUUAUUUUCUCUAUUGAUUUUGGCUAUAAAGUUUUUGCUAGUGUCGGUGGUGACUGGAACUAUGAAGAUCAAGGUCCUGAAACAUGGUCUCACACAUUUCCAAAGUGUGAUGGCCUACGACAGUCACCAAUUAAUUUAGAACACUACAACGUUGUUCAGAAAACAUUUCCACCAUUCGUCUUUUCAGCGGACUUUAACAAUGAUCUUGUAUUUAAUUUAAAAAACAAUGGUCAUACAGUUGUCGGCGAAUUAGAUGCAGCACAAAAUCAAUCGAAGCCGGUUCUUCAACUCACUGGCGGUGGUCUAUCUGGCGUCUAUCAGUUUACAAAUUUUCACCUCCAUUGGGGUGGUUCACCGACUGAAGGUUCAGAGCACACAAUCGACGGGCUACACGGUGCCGGUGAAGCACAUUUUGUAUUUAGAAAUCUAAUUACAAAAAAAUUAGCUGUUCUUGCCUUUUUCAUCAUCGCCUCACCAAAUGAACCGCAGAGUGCCUGGCGUUCUUACGUUGAUAAUGCCGUCACGUUAAUCCGCGAGGGCAAACAAGUAGAAUUUGUGGCAAAUCUGAUGAAUUUAAUGGAAGCUGAAAAUAGUUUUCAAGAUUUUUGGAGAUAUGAUGGUUCGUUAACUACGCCCCCAUGUACCGAAGGUGUUAUUUAUAUUCAAACAAAACUAAAAUCUCAAGAAUUUGUACUUGUAAAACAUAAAAAAGGGCAAGCUGAUAUUUGGUUAAAUGAUAUAUCUUUUAUUGAAAUAGCAAGUAAUAAUGAUGAAUCUCCAAUUAUGAUACAAGGUUAUGCGGCUUGUAAUCAUUCCUCGAAAUGGAAAGACAGAUUAAAAGAUGGAGAAUUAAAAUUUGUCGUAGCUGGUGCCCAUUCAUUUCGAUCACUUGAAAAUGAUGAUAUUUUAGCUGUUGCUCAAACAUGCACUGAUAUUGGUGCAGAAUAUGGUAGAAUGGACGCAAAAACAGAUUUAUGGACCGACGAUUAUGUUAAACGUACAUAUCUUGAUUUUAUUGUAUUUUGGUUAUAUGAAUCAUGGAAAUUACGUCAUUCAUUGUUACGGUGUAAGCAUUUUACUGAAGAUAUAAAAAGUGGUGCUAAUAUUUGCCAAGAAAUAGAAUCUAUAUAUAUGGAAUUUCACUUAUAUGUAGGCGAUACGCCGAUAACAACUGAUCAAAGAUCCAACAUGAUAUUAGCUCUUAAAGAUGAAGCCAGAUUUUCUUGUAUGGCUCAUCGAACUAAUACUGUAUUAGAAUCUGCUUGGAAUAAUACAAUUAAUGAGCAGCCAAUAUUUGAUGCAUUUUGUACUGCUGUCAAAGAAAUACGAAAAUAUGUAGCGCAAUCAGGUGGUAUUCAAGAACAUUUGCCACGUACAUUAAAGAAAAGUUCUCAUACACGUCCAUGGCGAUCAUAUUUCAUGGUACAUGAUUCCUUGCAAGAGCCAUAUGAAGCAUGA